ACGUUUAGUGACCGUUACUACAAAUUACAAUAUAAAGAAACAAAAUGCAUUUGAUAACUCAUAUAUGAUUGAUAAAAAUCUUUAUGAUAUUGUUAUUGUUGGAGGGGGAAUCACUGGAAGUGCUUUAGCAUGUGCUUUAGCGAAUUCCCAGAGAACAAAGUCACAACGUAUUGCCCUGAUUGAAUUUAAUAACAUAUCAAAUAUAAAAGAAUGGAAACCUUUACAAUUACAAUUUUCAAAUCGUGUAAGUUCGUUAACUCCGCGAUCAAUUCAAUUCUUCAAAGAUAUUGGUGCGUGGGAAAAUAUUAUCCAGGAACGCAUUAAACCAUUCAAAGACAUGCAAGUAUGGGAUGGCAUUAGUAACGCCCGUAUAAGAUUUAAUAGUGAUUCUAUUAAUAAAAAUGUAGAAGCCAUCGCUUGGAUAAUGGAAAAUCAUAAUAUUCAACAUGCCAUUCUUACCAAACUUGCGCAAUAUAAAGAUUGUAAUGUCGAUCUUCUUGAAAAUACCAAAGUAGAGAGAAUCAUGUUUGAUAAUAUUGAUUAUAAAAAUGAACAAUUUGACUUAUCUGACUGGCCAACUCUUGAAUUAAGUAAUGGAAAAAUUUUAAAGGCUAGAUUAUUGAUUGGUGCAGACGGAAUCAAUUCUAUUGUUCGCUCAUUUGCUAAUAUUGAAUCACUUGGUUGGGAUUACAAUGCAAGUGCUGUGGUGGCCACUCUACAAGUGGACCCUCUGGUCGAAAACGUAGCAGCGUGGCAAAGAUUUUUACCAACAGGCCCUAUUGCAAUGUUGCCGAUUAAAAAUGGAUUUUCGUCGAUGGUGUGGUCUACGACUCCCACUCUUGCUUCCAAGAUAUGUACGCUUCCAUCAAAUAAUUUCGUACACUUGGUGAAUGCAGCGUUCCAUCUUCGAAUUGCUGAUUUAGAAUAUUUAUAUUCUCAACUGGAAAAUAAUGAUAUUGAUUUUUCAAAAGAAUUUGAAUGGCGUCAAUCUGUUGAAAAAAAGGCUGCCAUUGGAAAUAACCCUGAGGAAAUAUUUCCUCCAUUAAUAUUGGAUAUACAAGAAAAAAGUCGUGCAAAAUUUCCAUUAAAGAUGAGAAAUGCAGAAAGUUAUAUAAAAGAAAGAAUUGCACUUGUUGGGGAUGCUGCACACACAAUACAUCCACUUGCUGGGCAAGGACUAAAUCAAGGAUUAGCUGACGUACAAAGUUUAGUCAAAGUCAUUGAACAUGGAGUUAUUACAGGGCAAGAUUUAG